UUGCAUAUAAUUGUCUCUGUCAUAAAAUCAUAGAAACAUUUUAUUUAAAAAAAAAGUGAGUGGAUAAGGAAUCUUUAUAAGAGAGAGAAAAAUAAACGAUUGCCAGUAACCAAACACCGCUUCCAUGGCCACCGUACUUUCUCAAUCCUCCCUCCUCUCCUCCUCCGUCACCACCAAAAUUCCACCGUCCCCACCACCGCCCCCGCCUCAACUCAAAAUCAACCACCACAAACCCCUCAUCAAUACCCUAACUGCUGCCCUCGCCGCGGCCACCCUCCUCUCCGCCACCCCCUCCCAUUGCCUUGCUGAAUCCUCCUACCACAUUUACUACGGCACCGCUGCCAGCGCAGCCAAUUACGGUGGUUACGGUGGAAAUUCGGAUCCCAAGUCCUCUGCCGAAUACGUCUACGACGUUCCCGACGGUUGGAAAGAGCGAUUGGUCUCCAAGGUUGAGAAGGGUACGAACGGCACCGACAGCGAAUUCUACAAUCCUAAAAAGAGAACAGAGAAGGAGUACCUGACAUUCCUCGCCGGAUUCCGACAAUUAGCUCCGAAAGACGUGAUACUGAACAACCUUGCUCUAUCAGACGUGGAUUUACAGGACCUAAUCGCCGGUGCAGAGAGCUUGGAGUCCAAGGAGACCAAGGACGCGACAGGGCAGUUGUAUUAUGUGUACGAAAUCGACGGGGUCGGCAAGCACAGCUUGAUUAAGGUGACUUGUGCAAAGAACAAGCUCUACGCCCAUUUCGUUAAUGCGCCGGUACCGGAUUGGAGCCGCGACGAGGAGACCUUGAGGCACAUUCAUGAUUCAUUCAAGACUGUUGGGUCCUUCUGAUUUUGUGUGACAAUGUAGAUGCUUUGAGGCAGAGUUCAUGUAAUCAUUAAAAUUGAAGAAGAUUUGGGCUUUUUCACUUUA